GUGACACAGUUAUAGUUAACUUUGGAUUAUCAACCACUGUGAAACAGAAUGGAGCGCUUGUACAUUUGAGCAGCUUUUUUACUGUUUUUGCAUUCAAUGAUGAGGCUCUCGGAACCAAUGUUAGACAUGGAAAUGGCAAACUACAGUGAAGUUUUAGACCCAACGUAUACUGCACUGGAGUUCGAAACUAUGCAGAUUCUAUAUAAUGGCAAUGACAAUUCAGGAGAAGCUCUCAACAUGAAUGCUGCUGACAGCGGGGUCAGUAGUCUCUGUGCAAUAUGUGGAGAUAGAGCGACCGGAAAACAUUAUGGUGCUUCCAGUUGUGAUGGAUGCAAGGGGUUCUUUAGACGCAGUAUACGGAAAAGUCAUGUUUAUACAUGCAGAUUCAACCGGCAAUGUAUUGUUGACAAGGACAAAAGGAAUCAGUGCAGAUAUUGUCGUUUAAAAAAGUGUUUUCGAGCAGGAAUGAAAAAAGAAGCUGUACAAAAUGAACGGGACAGGAUAAGUACAAGAAGAAACACUUUUGAUGGCUGCAACAUUCCCUCUAUCAGCACACUGUCACAAGCUGAGACACUCUCCCGUCAGAUCUCAAUCUCCAGUCCUGGUGCAGGCACUGACGUAAAUGUUAAGAAAAUUGCUGGUAUUAGUGAUGUCUGUGAAUCUAUGAAGCAACAACUUUUGGUCCUUGUGGAAUGGGCUAAAUAUAUUCCAGGCUUCUGUGAAUUGCCAUUGGAUGACCAGGUUGCCCUGCUAAGAGCACAUGCUGGGGAACACCUGUUGCUUGGAGCAGCAAAACGGUCCAUGGGGUAUAAGGACAUUUUACUUUUAGGUAACAAUUAUAUAAUCCAUCGCAACAGUUCUGAAGUAGAGAUCAGUCGAGUGGCAAAUCGGAUUUUGGAUGAACUAGUUCGACCCUUCCAGGAAAUUCAAAUAGAUGACAAUGAGUAUGCUUGCUUGAAAGCAAUUGUGUUUUUUGAUCCAGAUGCAAAGGGCCUGAGCAAUCCAAUCAAGAUUAAGAACAUGCGGUUCCAAGUCCAGAUCAGUUUAGAGGAUUACAUCAAUGACCGUCAGUAUGACUCCCGAGGAAGGUUUGGAGAACUUCUGCUUCUAUUGCCUACACUCCAGAGCAUCACCUGGCAAAUGAUUGAGCAAAUACAACUGGUCAAACUAUUUGGAAUUGUUAAAAUCGACAGUUUGCUUCAGGAAAUGUUACUGGGAGGUACUUCUAAUGAUGCCAGUCAUCUACAUCAUCCAGUACAUCCUCAUUUAGCCCAGGAUCCAUUAACUGGCCAAACUAUCCUCAUAAGUUCAAUGUCUGCUCCUGUACAUGCAGAACAGAUUUCAACUCCAGAAACUCCAUUACCUUCCCCUCCUCAGGGCUCUGGGCAAGAGUACAAAAUGUCUACGAAUCAGGCUUCAGUCAUUGCACAGCAAUCUAUUUUGAAACAAAAACCAUUGUGAUAAUGUUUCUCUCUCUCUCUCUCUCUCUCUCUCUCUCUCUCUCUCCCCCUUCCAUCCCUCCUUCCCUCCUUCCAUCCUUUUUAUGCACUAGAUAAAUUGUUAGGACACUUGCACAUUUAAUAUCUCAGGAUAAUAAAGGAGAUUAUUCCCUCGGCAGCCACUACUGUGGGUGUUUCUCAUGACUUUUCUUGCAUGAUUCAGAAAGUAAUACUGUUCUCACUGCAACAUGCAACUGUAACUGUGGAUACUGCAGUCUGAGAAAUAUGUAUGCAAGUUGAUAUUAUUUUUAGAACUUUUACUGCACAUAUUCAUUUUUUAUUUCCUGUUUUAGUUGUCAUCUUAAUAUUAUUGUUUUAGAUGUGUAUAUAAUUUUUUUCAUUGUGACUGAACUGGUUAGUGCUUGUUUAGCUGUGAAUAGUAGACAUGAAAAAGUGGGUUAAUCGAACACAAGCCAAGAUUCCAUAAAUAAUAAAACAGUAAAAGUAGAUGUAUUAAAUAAAAAGGAGAAAAUACUUAAUGGACAGAAAUAUCCAAUUCAUUUUAAAAAUCCUAAUAUGGAAGAACUGUGUUCUUCAACUAAAAUUUCAACAAAAGGUUUGAAUGUGUUAAAUAAAAUUCUCCUAUCUUAUCUAUUGGUUUGAAUGAAUCAAAGGGCCCACUACAUGCAAAUAUGUUUGAGGUUUUGCAUACACAAUAAUGUCUAUAUUAGUCAAUUAAACAGUACCAAGAUAUGGGUGCAGGCACCAGUAGGCUUGCAUUUAUAUUGUUAAACUGUUAGAAUGGGACCUGGUGUGCUUUUGGUCAGGACUAACUAGUACUCUCCCAGUUUUUGGGCAUGCUUUGCAAGUUAGGCCAGUCUAGGGACACUUUUCACUAGGCACUUUGGGCAUGGCCACCUUUCUUUUGGGGCUCAGAGAGUAUAACAGUAUGAAUAUGUUCUGACCAUGCCACUUGACCUCAGGGCUGGAGAGUAGACUUUUAUUGUUUAAUUUGCUAGGGUAUAUGUAGUCACUGUGUUUAUUUGCCUAACAGGCUUGCGAAUGCAUGUUUUAGCCAUCACUCUGAACUUUACAUACAGAGUAGUCAUAGUUAGGUAGUUAUUAUGUGUCUGGAGAGAUACGGCUUACUAACUGAAGUGGCAAACACACAAAAGUUUAGCUCCAUGUGUUCCUGGUUUGAGCCACAGUAUUUCAAGCCAGAAGACAGCCAGCACACAAAUUAAUUAGUCUCUGGAUUUCAAACUCUUAUAGUUUUCAGAAGCUUAUGAUGAACCCUCUAUUUAAUGUGAUGAGCCCCUUCUGCUCCUCUUUCUCUAUUUCCAGUUUGGGGGGAUCCAACAGUGACUAAACUUCUGUGUCUGGAGUCUAUAAAAUCCCAUCUGGAUUUGCACCCUCUGGAUUUCACAAAUGAGACCUUGUGACACAUGCUCACUUGGGCAUACGUUCACUCAUAGUUAGAAUUUGUGAAAAUGAUCUAAGCUGAUAUAUAAAGUGAUUCUAUUGCUCAUACAAUAUUGACAUCAUAAGAAAAUCGCCACUUUGCACAUUUUAUUUAUUCCAGACAGCAAUGAUUUUCCCUUUGUGCUUUAAAGUAAACGUUCUUCCCAGAAGCUGUGUAAUAGAACAACAGGGAAACAAGGAAUGACAUUUUGUGAUUUGCUGAACUAUUGAAAUGAAAAAAAAAACCCAAAAACCACUAGAGUCAGAAAUUCUACGAGGUGAGAUGUUGAUCAUCCUGAGCCAGACACCUGCAUUAUAACCAUAGCAUCAGAAGUUCAUACAUCUACCAUAGCAUAGUUAAACCUAUGGCUUUUAAAGUUAUUCAAACAAACUAAUAUGACCCUAGAGAUACUUUUUCACAAAAAGGAAUGCAACACAGUAAAUGCCGUGCUCAUCUGAACAUUCAAAAGGCUUUAAUAAGAUUAUGCUUACCAUCAGGUAGAUGCUGUGUUUCUUCAGGCUAUUUUGAAGUAGUUGCUUGUGAACUUAAAUCUGCAUAUAGUAGCUCUCAAUGUUUACCUUUUGCUUUUUAGAGAAAGUUUUUCCUUAUGCAAAGAAUGUUUUUCUUUUUGCUGGUUACUUUUUAUUUUUUGCCAAUGCAUUUCUCCUUUUUCAAGGCUUUUUUAGCAUGAGUUUUUAUGACAGAAUAAAGUACCAAAGUUUUGCCAUUAACUUUAGGAGGAUCAGGACUGCGUUAUUUUUACAAGUAAGCCACCAGUGCUUUUUGAUCACACACAUAAAGCGUGCAUGAAAGCUAACUGACUGGGGUCACUUUGUGUACCUGCUAUAGGAAGAGUGUUUUUGCCCAGCUGGAUCUGCAUGCCUUUACUGGAUCGGAUUAAUUAAGUCAGACGCAUAAACAAGGUGGGUUUUUUUCUGGCUUAAAACAUUUGACUGAAAAUAAAGUUAGUCCAUAAGUUGGCCACCUUUGCCUUAUAUAAGCAAUGCACAGAGUAGCUUAUUGGAUUUAGUUUUCACACUGUAGUUUAGAUAUCAGAUGUACAAUAAAAUGCUUUCACACACUGCCAAAAUGUACUGGAUGAAACAUACUUUAGUAUUUUAUCUUACUGAAAGCUGUUAUCUAUUUUGUAUGGUAUACUACAUUUUUGAAUAAGAACACCACUGUAAUUUAUUGGGAAAAGUUGAUUUAUUUUAUAAAUGUAACAUUAUUUUUGUAAAUGUAAUUAUGCAAAAUCAAAGAUGAUUAGCUUUGUUAAAUAUUAAAUUAUAAUAAAAUGUAACAUUAUAUGUUUGAACUCUGAUACCAAGUUUUUGUGUUGAAUAUUUGGAAUACAGAUGGUUGCUGGAAAUGUUUCAAAUGGACUGUUUUUCAUCAAAGCUCAAUAAAGAAAAAUGAAUGGUCUAAAUAUCA